AUGGCGGAGAAGAAAGAUCAUCAUCAACGUCUAAAUCAACUGAAUGGCUCCAGGAGAGAACUAGAAGCAGAAGAAGAAGAAUUCCAGAUUCUUUCUCCAAAGGCUAUUACUAGAGGGAGAAGAAGGCUCAAGUACUGUGGGAUUGCAAUUGCAGUUGUUCUCCUCCAAGUUGUUGUUCUAGGUGUGCUUUGCCUCACUCUCUUUCGCUUUAAGGAUCCGAACAUCAAGUUGGAUUCAGCCACUGUGGAGAAUCUGAGCGUGGGCUUGACGUCUACACCCUCCACCAUCAACAUGACUGUGAAUCAAGUAAUUCUGGUGAAGAAUCAGAACUGGGGAGGGUUGAAGUAUGAUGAGAGUGCUGUGGUUUUUUCCUAUGGGGAUGUUACAGUUGGUCAAGGCACAAUUUCUAAAGGUUCUAUUAAGAUGAGGAAGAGCAAGAAGGUGACAGUUGUGGCGGAGGUAAAGAUUGAAGGGAUAGGCAGUGAGAUUAACUCAGUUUUGGGUUUGAAGAGCUAUACAAAGAUUAGUGGGAAGGUCAAUAUGGUGGGGGUGGUGAAGAAAAGAAGAAGUGGGGAGAUGGAUUGCAGCUUGAGUAUUAGUUUGGCCACCCAGAGAAUUGAGGACUUCAAUUGCCACUGA